AUGACGAAUACAGAUCUUCGACAACGACGACGUAAAGAAGAUCAAUCGUCAACAUCGGUUGAAAACUUAUCUAAACAACCGAAAAAAACUUAUAGACAAUAUGUGAUUAUAUUUUGUAUUAUUAUUAUAUCAUCUGUUCUAUUAAUCACUAUAGUAAAUCAAUUAAAAUUUUUUUUCAUACAUGAUGAAAUAUCAGAUGAUAAAUAUUAUCCGUCUGAAAUACUCUAUCUAUUUCGAAAACAUGAUCGUGAUAAUGAUAAUUAUUUAUCCUUGGAUGAAUUUGAACCUAUUGCUAGUCAAUUAGGUCAAAAAAAAGUUCCAACAGAUUAUAUUCAACCAAUAUUAAAUACGGAUCAAUUAGUUACUAUUGAUGCUUUUUUUGAACCAUUAAAUUUUUCAACAAUGACUAAAGAUUUUCGUCAUACAUAUUUUACUAAUUUAGAUGAACUUCAAUCAUUAAAAUUAUGGAAACAACCUUAUGUAUCUCGCUUAAAUUUUGCUGCACGUCAUUUUAAAUCAUUUUUACCGAAAAAAUCAAUUGAAAUUGGUAAACCAUAUUGGAUUAUUGAAGGUACUAAACAUCAAUUUGCCGAACAUCUUCCAGCAAAUCGAUAUUAUCCACCAGAUGUUUCACAUGAACAUAUUAUUAUUCAUCGUUUACUAAGCAUGUUUCAUCCACGUCCAUUUAUUUUUACUCGAUUUCCACCACAAGGUACUGCUGCAGUUGUUCGUGCUCGACAUGGUUCACUUCUUGAUAUUUAUUUUCGAAUUCAUGUAGAAUAUCAACUUAAUACACCACCAUAUCAUCCAUUUUGGUAUAUACCAGGUUUAUUUCAAGGUCGUUUGAUAAUACGUGAUGAUGCUUCUGAAUUAACCUAUUUUAAAAUGUAUGUUCCCAAUGACAAACGACUAAAUGUUGAUAUGGAAUGGAUAGUAGAACGUGGUGGUCCAUCAACUUCUAUGGAAGUUGAUAUUGGUUAUAUGCCUCGAAUGGAAUUACGUUCAGCAGCACCAUCUCUCAAUAUGAAUGAAACAGGAAUAACAUCAGAACAAUUUAUAACAUCAAUGAAUGAAAGUUUAUAUGAUAGUUUAUUAAAAUCAUUUAAUACAAUUGAUGAAAAUUUCAAGAAUGAAAACGAAAUAUAUGAUUUACUUGAAAGAAAAUUUUAUCCAUUUAAAGAAAUUCCAUAUUAUGAGUAUCGUUCGGGCCGAACUUUACGAGAAACAGUUCUCGAAAGUUCGGCCGUUUUAAAUUUAUUGCGUGAACAUUUUGUAUCAACAUGGGCAUUAGUUGUCGAUUUAAAAGCAAUCAUAGCAAAUCAAACAAGUGAUACUAUUAAAGAUUCUCAACGUGCUAAACAAGCUCUUGAUAAUUAUGCUUUUCCAGUUGAAUCAAUGGUACAACAAAUCGAUGGUACUGUUAUCAGUAAACUUAAUGCAAAUGAUUUAUUAGAUACACAUUCAAAAGCAGAAGAAUUUCUUAAUAUAGUUUCUAAUGGAAUGGAUAUAACAAUACAACGAUAUGUUCACUUUUUAGAAGAAGCACUUAAUCGACAAAAAUAA